AUGGGUAAAUCUGGUGCAUGGGCCUGGUCUUUGGCCUUGGUAUCAUUGGCACAGAGUGCAUCCGCGAUUGAGUUCAAGGCCGCUAGCUCGACGUCGCUCACCACUGUUACCUCGACCUACUCAGAGACCGUCACCAAUACUGUCACUAGUAUUCUCCCAGUAACGACUACUGAAGUCACGUGUACUGCAGGCACUUCUAUUGGUGCCGCAGGGUGUACCAACUCUGUAUAUUCCAGAAAUGGAGUUUACUGGAGUGAGUGGUGUACCACAUCUGCCCUUGUGGGAGUUCCAUAUAUGACAAUAGUUGGUGUUGUGGAUGUUUAUCUCUGCCUAGAGUUCUGUUCCAUAUACAGCGCUGGUUGCACAGCUGCCGAUUUCCAGUCGAAUCAAGAACAGUGCACUUUAUUCAGGACCGUCACAGGAACAACUUCAACCAGUAGCUCAGGAUUUGCUGCCAUCGAAAGGUAUACUACGGAUCCUUGCACCGCUACCGUGACAAGCUCUUCUACCCAGCUUUCCACUGAAACGACUGUGGUGGAAUAUACAACAACCUUUGUAUCAACCAUUACGAUCGUCACAAGCACUCCAAGUAGUAGCUCGUCGCCAGUCAUUGCUAAAGAGACAGCCUCCUCGCCUGCUGCAUUUACCGCUGCAGCAAGCUCCAGUGCUGCUCAUUCUACCUCUGUGGCAAGCUUCUCUUCUUCUGUCGCGUCUAUCGCUGCACCAAGCUCUAUUACCGCUCAUUAUUCCUCGCUGGCAAUCUCCCCUACGCCGAUUGCGUCGACACAAUCCAUUCAAUCUGCCAACCCUGUGCCUUCUUCGGCACGGGCGUCAUCAUCUUCAAUCCCCCGACCACAAUCAUCGUCGGUCAUACAGUCCCAAAGUUCAUCUGUUCCAGUCUCGAGCAGUGCAAUCCCGACUCAACAUUCUUCAUCAUCUGUCAUUUCAUAUUCGACAAAAGCUGUCUCUGUCCUUGUGCCCAGCUCUUCUGCGCCUCGUGCCUCUCAUUCUACUUCGGCUUCUCAUCCUGUAUCGGCAUCCCACCUUGUAUCAAUUUCUCACCAUCCGUCGGCUUCCCGCCCUCUAUCGCCCUCGCAUCCAUUAUCGGUAUCUCUACCAUCGUCAUCCUCUACGCCACUCGGUCUCCUGCCUUCAUCGUCUGUCAAUCCCACUUCUAUCCCCGGUUCCUCCAAGCUAUCAGCCAGUUCCGUUUCGACCUCAAUAGCAGCGGGCUCUUCGACAAGUCCUGAGCGCAACUCAGUCACUCCGCUCUCGCUCUCAAACACCGAUGCUAUCCCUGUGGGGGCCCAUACAUCACAACCAAAUACUUUGCCUGCCGGGGCUGCAUUUACCACUUCGACUGUUUUCACUACCGAAAUCCAUACAGUCACUGCCUGUCCGUCAUCAGUUCGCAACUGUCCAGCAUCUGAGAGAAUGACUUACUACACAACCGAGACGGUGGCUGCGUACACAACAAUCUGCCCUGUCACAGCAGAAGAAACGAGUGCGACAACCACAACGGCCGCGACUAUUGGCACCGAACUACCCUCUGGAGCGGGCGAGAGGCUUACCACAUCUACGGUUUAUACUACCAAUGUCCGUCCGACUGCAAUUUGCCCAUCCUCAAUGGAAAGCUGCGUCGACUCCCAGAAAGUCACUAUCAUGACUACGGAGACCGUGAUAGCGUAUGUCACUGUCUGUCCUGUUGAGGAAGCAGAGUCAAGGGCUACAGCGACCGUCACAAACCUGGCUUCCUAUGCUCAAAACACAGAUAGUCCCACUACAAUUGUUGUUUACGACACACAGAUCGUCACUCAAACAACAGACUACACCGCUAUUCGGGAUGGAUCUACUAUUGUGGGUACCGUGACCUUCUUCAGCCCUACGACCAUCCCAGUCACCACGACCGUUGUCACGCCCACCGUUCCGGCAAGCGCUUUCUCAGCCGAGAAUUCUGGAGACAAUGUUAUCUCCGUGGAGACUUCUUCUGACCGAACCAGUGGAUCCAGCCUUGGAGCUUCCUCCGCCGAGGUUCCUUCCUCGCAGGCUGUUGGAUCUGAAGAUGAUUCUACCUCUGUCGAGACUUCUUCCACCCAGUCCAGUGGCUCUAGUCUUGGUGCUUCCUCCGCUGGUGGAUCUACUAACACUACUUCCUCUGAUGAGGUUUCAUCCUCUCAAUCUGGAUCCAGUGUUGGCGCUUCCAGUGGAUUGCAAGGAGCGAGCGCAGGCAAUGGAAACAGCUUCAACAAGCAUAUGAGCCAUGAGGCUGAAUGGAAUUCUUCCACGACACUCCAUCAUGCAGCCAAGCCUUCAUCUUCGAUGAUUCCUUCUUCAGCCGCUUGGACUGCUCAAGUCAGCGCAUCCGUUGCAGCUAGUACCUCAUCUGAUACUUCGGCUGCCCCCGCUGCUGCCUUCACCGGUACUGCAUCUCAAAGAGCUAUCUGGGGCUCCUUUUUGGCCUUUGUGGUGACGGCUACGGGCUAUCUUGUAAUUUAA